AUGUUUAAUAGUAAGAAUACUUUUAAACCAAGAAGUUCAACAUUACCACAUUAUCCACAACAACAUCCAUAUUCAUCAAGAUUUGUAAUAGAACAAAAUUCAAAAUAUAUUUAUCCACCUAUUGAACAUGCACCAACAUUAAAACAAAUUACACCACAAAAAUUAAUAACAAGUUCCAAAAUUGGUGAUAAAACUAUAUUGAAAUCUUUAAAUUCAUUGGAUAAUCCUGAUCCAACUGUACAAAAAUUAAAAGAAGAUGAUGAAAAUUCAAAAGAUUUAUUAAUGAAAGCUAAAAAUUUCUUUAAAAAUCAAGAUAAAAUAAUUUAUAAAUCUAAAAAUUCUCAAUAUCCACAAGUUAUAUUGGUUACAGCAGUAGACUUUGAAAAAUAUUCAGUUGAUGGAUUAGCUAAAAUUGUUCAAAAUAGAGUAGAUUAUGCACAUUAUCAAAAAUAUGGAAUAUAUGUAAGAUGGGCACAAGAAUUUAUACCACAAUUAGGAUCAUUUGAUACAUUAAAAGAUGAAGAAAAAUCAAAAUGGGUUAGACUAUUUUGUUUAAGAGCAGCUAUGUUUGCAUUCCCUGAAGCAAAAUGGUUUUGGUAUUUAGAUCAAGAUAGUAUGGUUAUGGAUUUAACUGUUAAUAUUGAAGAAAUAUUAUUAAAUGAAAAUUCAUUAAAUAAAUUAAUGAUUAGAGAUCAACCACUUAUACCAAGAAAUGGAGUUAUAAAAACUUAUAAAAAGAUUAAACCUGAAAAUGUUAAAUUAAUAUUAACUCAAUCUUCAGAUAUGAUAGAAACCACCUCUUUUAUAAUAAAAAAUGAUCCUACUGGAAAGGCUUUGGUAGAUAUUUGGUCAGAUAAUUUAUAUUAUAAUUAUGGAAAUUUCCCCUACGGACCUGAUUCAGCAUUAACUCAUAUUUUACAAUGGCAUCCUUUUAUAUUAAGUAAAACCAUAUUAGUACCUCGAAGAAUUAUAAGUUCAGAUCAUCCUUUUAGGAAUAAUAAUAAAAAGUCAACAGCAAAGGGAGCAACGAGUGAGUUUGAUUAUGACGAUGGUGAUUUUGUUGUACAAUGGAAUAAGUGUAAAGGUGAAGAAUGUGAAACAUUAGCUAAAUCAUAUCAUAGUAAGAUAAAGAAACCAAAAAAUUAA